AAGGAAUGAGAAUGCAAGAAGAAAUCCACAGCAUAAAGAACAUUUGUCAUGGAUUAAGAAUGCAGAUGCAUUAUUUAUUAAUGGAGAGGAGUGGUGGAGAGCCAUCCGUUGGGACAGCGGGUCCAAAAAGUUCCGUUAUUAGGCCAGGAUUAAUUGGCCCUAUGGGUUUAGGAAGAACCGUUCCUCCUAAUACAAAUGAUUCUUCUUCGGCAUCAAAUCCACGUCCUCCUCGCCUAAUGGGAUCUGAAUCUCCACGGAAAGAAAAGCUUUAA